CUAGGUCACAAGUAACAAAAGGCGCAAGACACCUAACGUCUAUGGCUGUUCGCUUCGGCUCGAUUCUGACUUCUCCCUCUACUACUACUACCACUACAGAAAAGGGUGAUCUCUAUUGAGACAGUAUAAAAGAAAGGGGAACGGAGUUUGACUAGGAAUCCUUUUGCAUUUUACUUUUGAGAAUUGAGCCCUUUUCAUUGACAAAGAGUUUGCUACUUUUCCGUAUAAGCAGUUAGUCUUUAGGAAAGUUCAUUUGCGUAUAUUGAAACGUUUUUGAUAUUGAUUUUACCGAUUAAAAGGUUAAAUUGAAAGAAAGACGCGACUUUCGAUUGAUAUAGGCGGUUCUAUCUUUUGGAAAUUUCUAUUCACGACAUUUAUAUUUCCGCGAUAUACAAUAAACUUUGUAUCUAAUAUUUAUUUAUAACCAUUUACCUUAUUCUUUGCUUGAUUUGCCGAAUUCAGAGUUCGCGCAAACGAUAAAAAUACCUUUACAAUCACUGUUUAGUGUUGUGUCACUCGUUAUAUUGAUUUCAUUUUCCUCAUCUUUUUCUACAUUCUUUGGUAGUAUUGAGGCCUUCUGUAUUAAGCCUCAUUUUGUUCUUUUUGUUGCUAUCUGUCGAUUUUUGACGCUUUUCCUAUUCUUUUUCGAUUUUAUACCAUUGCAAGUGGAAAUCGUGAAAGAACAAUUUUGAUGCUUAAUUAGAGUACUGGAAGAGCUAUCUUUUUUCUUUCCUCCUCUUACAAGUUUUGCGGCUUUCACAAAGUUCGUGUUAAAAAUUUCCCCCAAGUUCAAGUUUCUACUAGAAUUUGGUUCUUUUUCUAAGUCAUUAUAUAUCCUAAAACUUCUUCUUCUAUAAGAAACUAUAAUGUACGACGACACACCCAGAGGCAAUCAGCCUCCUGCGAAUGUUAAUGAUCUUGGUUCAAUGUAUAAUUCGCGAGAUACCAGUGCUUCUUCGUUUACAAACUUAAACGAUUCUUCUGCCCGUCUCCUGCAUAAUACUUCUAAUCCUAAUUUCAGCAGUGGUGCACUAGCUGCCGGAGUAGGUGGUAGAAGAGCUAGUGGCUAUUCUCGCCCGAGUCCCCAAGCAUACAAUAGGUAUCCUAAUGGCGAUGCAAGUGGCUCUGACAUGUAUUCAACGUCUCCUCCUCAAAAUAGCAGUCUUGUAGAUGAUAUUGAAAACAUUAACCGCUUGGAAGCAGUUGCCUUCGCCGGUCCUACAGCCGGUGAUCAUGAUUUUGCAUUAAGCAAAGAAGACAAAGAAAUUGAUGACUUUUUGCACUAUCCUUUACCAACAAAGGAUGCUAAGAAGUUAAGCUAUUUCGUGGGUGGGGAAGGUUUUAUGCAAUUGCUUUUUCUUAUCUUCCUUAUUUCAGGUACCGGUAUGCUUUUCAUUGGCUUGCCAAUUCUUACCUAUACCGGACAUAAUGCUCUUGCAAGUACAUCUGAUAAUGGUAUUACCAACCAUAAAUUUAGAAGCUUAAGUCUUCUUCGCCACCGUUCCCUUGUGGAUCCUGAUACUCCUCAAGAUGCUUACAAGAAAGACACUAAAAGCUCUGGUACUUUGGACUUGGUUUUUUCCGAUGAAUUCAAUACUCCUGGUCGCACAUUUUACGAAGGUGAUGAUCAGUUUUGGGAAGCUAGUGACUUGCAUUAUGCCGCUACUAGUGAUUAUGAAUAUUACGAUGCUGACGUACCGACGACAGCAAAUGGUACCCUUAGACUUCGAAUGGAUGCAUUCUUCUCUCACAAUCUUAAUCUCAGGAGUGGUAUGAUCACAAGUUGGAACAAGAUGUGCUUUAAAGGCGGAAGAAUAGAGGUUUCCGCUUCUCUUGGUGGCAAACCAGGAACUCCAGGUUUAUGGCCUGGUAUUUGGACAAUAGGUAAUUUAGUUCGUCCUGGUUAUUUGGCUACUUCUGACGGAGUUUGGCCUUAUGCUUAUAAUAGUUGCGAUGCUGGAAUCACUCCUAAUCAAUCGGAUCCCACUGGUUUAUCGUUCCUUGGUGGACAACGUCUACCUAAUUGUGCAUGCGAAGGCCAAGAAGAUAAACACCCGAGUAUUGGAACAGGUCGAGGCGCCCCUGAAAUCGAUUGUUUGGAAGGAACUUUUGGCAGUGGAAUCCCUUAUAAUGGAUCUAUUAAUAUGGAAAGUAUGCCCGUCGCUUCUCAAUCUCUUCAAACUGCACCUUAUGAUGUGUAUUACUAUCCCAAUUAUGAUUAUGUGGUUGUUUAUAACCAAAGUGUUUCAUCCGUAAACGGCUGGACUGGAGGUGUAUACCAGCAAGCUUUGUCUGUUGCCACACAAUUGAAUAAUACUUGGUUGAGCAAUAAUGCGUAUCAAACAUACGGAUUUGAUUAUGAACCUGGCUAUGGACCAGAGUCUUAUAUUUCUUGGUUCGUUGGUGAUGCAUAUACUUGGACUAUGUAUCAACCUGCUAUUAGUCGUAAUGGAAAUGUGGGACCACGUGGUGUAAGUGAAGAACCUUUGAUUAUAGUUUUGAAUAUGGGUAUUUCUCCCACAUGGGUUUACUUCUACUGGAACCAAUUAACUUUCCCACAAACCCAGUACAUCGACUAUGUACGUAUUUACCAGAAUACUUCAGAUUCUUCAAAACAUGAGAUUGGGUGCGAUCCUGAAGGAUAUCCAACUACAGAGUAUAUUGAACGGCAUCCUAAUGCCUAUCGAAACUAUAACGCUACUAGCUGGGAGAUGGCUGGAUAUAAACGACCCAAGAACAAACUUAUGGAUGGUUGUUAAGCUUUCAAAUACUUAUGAUUUUCUUGAAUUGGGUUUCUAAUUGAUUUUACCUCUCUUCACUCUUUUUUCUUUUCAAUUGGCAUUGGUAUUCAUUUUACUCAGUUCCUCUCUUUUUCUUUCUUUUUAUACAUUUUCUUUUAUUUGAUGCAUAUUAUGAAGCUUAUGUAAUUUUAUUACAUCCUAAAAUUUAAAAGUGUUUUGUUCUUUCUAGUGUGUUUAAUUUUAGUUCAAUGUAAAUGCCAAGAAUAUAAAAAAUCCUAAACUAUUA